AUGGUCCUGUGGAACCUCACCCCUCUGGUGGCCAUAAGUGCCAUCCGCUCAACCGUGGACAUACCCAAUGGCUGGUUCACAGUGUGCAGCCCCCAGUGGGGUGGCCACCAGCUGCAGAUCUGCAAUGUCUACUCCCCCAUGCCAGCCACCCAGGUGCAUCCACACUCCAACACUGACAACUCUGCGAAAUGUGCCUUGUCCCCAUGCAUCAGCCACCAUGGCAGGAGUUACUGGGCCACCUCCACCUCCACUUCCUUGCACACCCUGACCUCAAUCCAGGAGGCUGUGCCCACCCUGGAUGCCAAUUCCCGCGACAUGGCACGGCAGGCUGAAGCGGUGGCGGCCCAGGACGUGGUGCUAAAAGGCAUGCAGGCUGCUGCUGCAGCACUGAAGUGCUCAUGGGGUGGUGGAUCUGGAUCAGUGACGGAGGACACCCCUCCCACCCCCAUCACCGCCCUUAUCCAAGAGACCAGCAAUUGUGGGGCUGGACCGGGCCCCUCCAGACUCCGUGAUCCCAGCACUGGGCAACUGGACAGCAACCUGGCCUGGAUACCGCAAAUCAUAGCCAACUACUGGCGGGAUGUCAGUGCCAUGCCAUCAGCAGCCGAACUGCCAACAGCAGUGAAACAGCAAGUGAGGGUGCAAGUGCUGGAGGCGCUACAUGCGUAUCCCAAGCAUAUGCCAGAAGCAGAGGACGUGGACAGCGAUGGGGGCCGGGCACUGCUCACAAGUGCCGAGGUAACAGCUGGCUCCACACGUCGUCCUCACGCAACCGUAGUAACAACCCAACCCCGACCAUUACUUCUAGACAUGCCAUCGGUGAAGCUCACGAUAGACUCUGCAUCCUUAUCCCUAGAAGCAGUCGUGCCACCGUCAAACAAGUCGCUGAAGUACCCGCUCCAACUGCCAGGGGACACUCCUCCUGAGUGGACGAGUUAA